CUUAUCGUUUCUGUUUCUCGUCUCCACAUCACUCAGCAGCUUUCUGUUGUUCUACCACAGAAGAAAGAAGAAGAAAAACAGGAGGGAAACUCUUCUCGUGUUUGUUUGAGAUUAAUUUUUUCUUUUCUUCUGUCAGAUUGACGGUGUCACCAUGAGCCGAUCCGGGACCUCAGCACCGCUCUCCACCUCUCGGCUGCUCUUCCUGUCCACCAUCAUCUCAGCCGGACUCGCGGGUUCUCCGGCCUUCGCCUCCAACGACACACUCGGCAACAGCACCAGGUGCGGGGGGGGCAGUGUCUGCGUGGAAGGCGUCAUCCUGCCGGUGUGGAAGCCGGAGAACCCGGCCUUCGCCGACCGCCUGGCCAGGGCCACCGUGUACUUUGUGGGGCUGGCCUACAUGUUCCUCGGCGUGUCCAUCAUCGCCGAUCGCUUCAUGGCGUCCAUCGAGGUCAUCACCUCGCAGGAGAGGCGGAUUACCAUCAAGAGGCCUGACGGGGAGAAGGUCACCACCACGGUUCGCGUCUGGAACGAGACUGUGUCCAACCUGACUCUGAUGGCGCUGGGUUCCUCCGCACCGGAGAUCCUCCUGUCGGUGGUGGAGGUGUGCGGUCACAACUUCAACGCCGGUGAGCUGGGCCCCAACACCAUUGUGGGGAGCGCCGCAUUCAACAUGUUCGUCAUCAUCGGCUUCUGCGUUUCCGUCAUUCCAGAGGGGGAAACCAGGAAGGUCAAGCACCUCCGGGUGUUCUUCGUCACCGCCGCCUGGAGCGUCUUUGCGUACAUCUGGCUCUACCUUAUCCUGGCAGUCUUCUCUCCGGGCGUGGUGGAGAUUUGGGAGGGUCUGGUAACACUCUUCUUCUUCCCCAUUUGCGUCGGAUUCGCGUACGCCGCCGACCGCCGGCUCCUUUUCUACAAGUACAUGCGCAAGCGGUACAGAGCGGGGAAGCAGAAGGGAAUGAUCAUCGAGACGGAGGGAGAACCCGAGCUUCCCUCGAAGGUCGACAUCGAGAUGGACGGGAGGAUGCUCGCUGCCGACAGAGAAGAGUCGGAGUUCGAUUUCAAGGAGCCAGACGAGGAGGAGGCCCGCAGGGAGGUGGCCUGCAUCCUGAAGGAGCUGAAGCAGAAGCAUCCCGAGAAGGACAUGGAGCAGUUGACAGAGCUUGCAAAUUACCAGGUUCUGACGCUGCAGCAGAAGAGUCGGGCCUUCUACCGCUGUCAGGCCACCAGGAUCAUGACCGGAGCGGGAAAUGUCCUGAAGAAGCACGUCGCCGACCAGGCCAAGAGGGCCGCCCGGCACGACAUCUGCUCCGAGGUUUCGGUGAACGACUUCUCCACCAAGGUGUUCUUUGACCCUUGCACCUACCAGUGUCUAGAGAACUGCGGCACUGUGGCGCUGAAUGUCGUGCGCCGUGGCGGAGACCCAACGAGUGCCAUCUCGGUGGAUUACCGUACCGAAGACGGCACCGCCAACGCCGGCUCGGAUUACCGGUUCACCGAGGGAACCAUCGUGUUCGUUGCAGGCGAGACCGAAAAGGAACUCCGCAUUGACAUAAUCGACGACGACAUCUUCGAGGAGGACGAGCACUUCCUGGUUCACCUCAGCAAUGUGAAGGUCAUAUCAGAGGGCGCCGGCUGGGACGGGCUUAAGGCAAACCACCAGGACCCCCUCGCCAGUUUGGGCCUGCCGUGCUCGGCCACCGUCACCAUCUUCGACGACGACCACGCUGGGAUCUUUACCUUCGAGAAUCCGGUACUUACUGUAAGCGAGAGCAUCGGGGUGAUGGAGGCAAGGGUGGUCCGGACCUCAGGAGCUCGCGGCGUCGUGGCGGUGCCGUACAAAACCACGGAGGGAACAGCUAAGGGGGGCGGCGAGGACUUUGAGGACACGCACGGGGUCCUGGAGUUCGAGAACGAUGAGAUCUUCAAAACUAUUCAGAUCAAUAUAAUUGAUGAUGAAGAAUAUGAGAAAAACAAGAACUUCUUCCUAGAGAUCGGAGAGCCUCAGCUGCUGGAGAUGAGUGAGAGGAAAGCUGUGUUGCUUCAGGAAGUCGGUGGAUUCGUUAAAACAGGCAGAGACGUCUACAGGAAGGUCCAAGGACGAGACCACCCGGCUCCCUCUGCCAUCUUCAGCAUCGCAGAUGAGGGGGGUGAGGAGGUUUUGACCAAGAAGGAGAAGGAGGAGAGGAGGAUUGCAGAGAUGGGUCGACCGAUGCUGGGCGAGCACAUCAAACUGGAGGUCGUCAUUGAGGAGUCGUACGAGUUCAAGAGCACCGUAGAUAAACUCCUGAAGAAGACCAACCUGGCCCUGGUGAUCGGGACCAACAGCUGGAGAGAACAGUUUGUUGAGGCCAUCACAGUGAGCUCUGGUGGUGAUGAUGAUGAUGAAUGUGGCGAGGAGAAGCUGCCCUCCUGUUUUGACUACGUCAUGCACUUCCUCACCGUCUUCUGGAAGCUUUUGUUUGCCUUAGUUCCUCCGACGGACUACUUCAACGGCUGGGCCUGCUUCGUCGUCUCCAUCUCUGUCAUCGGCCUUCUGACGGCGUUCAUUGGGGACCUGGCGUCGCAUUUCGGCUGCACCGUCGGCCUCAAAGACUCCGUCACGGCUGUGGUGUUUGUAGCAUUGGGCACAUCUGUACCAGACACCUUUGCCAGUAAGGUGGCAGCCAUCCAGGACCAGUAUGCCGACGCCUCAAUCGGCAACGUGACGGGUAGUAAUGCUGUCAAUGUCUUCCUGGGUAUUGGCGUGGCCUGGUCCAUCGCUGCCGUCUACCACUACUCCAAGGGUCAGCAGUUUAAGGUUGACCCGGGCACGCUUGCCUUCUCCGUCACGCUCUUCACCAUCUUCGCCUUCAUCUGCAUUGCCGUGCUCCUCUACCGCCGGCGGCCCGAGAUCGGCGGGGAGCUUGGCGGACCCAGAGUCCCCAAGAUCCUCACCACCUGCCUGUUCUUCAGCCUGUGGUUGAUGUACAUUGUCUUCUCCUCGUUGGAGGCGUACUGCCAUGUGAAAGGCUUCUAAAAGCUGUGCUUCUGUAGGGUCACCGAGGGCUCUGACAGGUUCUUGAUGAAAAGUUUUGAGGGCCUUCUACGGGUUCCAGCAGGUUUCCGCAUAUUCUGACGUUCGGCUUCUCACUAAAACCUAAGAGGCUUUUUACGCUCGAGGCGACCGCAGCGGCAGCGUUGCACUUCAAUGAAUAUCUGCACGAGUUUGAAAUGUAGUUCUUCUAAAAGUAAAAAUCAAGAGAACAGCGGAUCCACGUUCAAGGUCCUUACCGAGAACAAGACGUCAGGGGGU